AUGGCAGGAUACGUCAAGCCAAUUCCUGCGGCCACCGGCGGCCUGGCCUUUUCCCGACUGCAGUCCGACGAGAUCAGAAAGAUCUCCGUCAAGAGAAUCCAUGUCACUCCAGCUCUGGAUUCUAUGUUUGGUCCUAUACCAGGAGGUCUACAUGAUCCUGCACUAGGUGCUAUUCAGGCGCUGGAUACAAACUGUUCGACAUGUCGCAUGAAUGCAAUUCACUGCACCGGGCACUGCGGACACAUUGAGCUUCCUGUCACUUGCUACCAUCCACAAUACAUCGACUCAACUCUCCGCCUGCUCCGCGCGAAGUGUGCCUACUGUCAUCACUUUAAGGCGGCCGAGAACUUCGUCAAUCAAACGGUGUGCUCCCUCCGACUGCUGCAAUAUGGGCUUGUAGAGGAUUAUCACAAUAUCCAGAACAUUCACCUCAGAGGAGGACUGUCAAGGGCACCAAAGAAGACAAACUCGGACAACAUAGUCGAAGAUAUGUUGGAGGUCGAACCAGAUGAAGAGAUUGCGGAUCUAAUUGACCGGAGAACGAGACUGACAAACCGGGCCAUCAAAUCUGCCCACAGGGAGAACCGUAUCGAUGAGCAGGCCUUGAUUCGAAAUCCUAUUGCCAUUGCUGCCCGGAAAGAUGUCAUUACAGCUUUUCUGAAGGAGAUUCCCAACCUCAAGAAAUGCGCCAACUGCGGGGGUGCCAACACCCCAUACAGAAGAGAUAGGACCAUCAAGAUCUUCAGAUUACCACUUCCACAAACGCAAAAGGACGCCAUGUACCUUCUUGGCAAAAAGGCGCCGAACCCUCUUCUGUUUCUCCGGUCCGAGCAGUCUCAGAAAGAGGAGGUGAAAAAGAACCCCCUUGCCAAUGGAGUCUAUGACGAGGACGUCGAGAUGUCCGACGUUGAUCGGCCCGAGGAGACGGAAUUACAUGGAGCUGAAGAAGAGAUCGCCAUGCGCAAUGCAUUAGAGACAUCAUCAAAAGCAAAGAACGCGGAAAUCGAGGGCGAAGAUGAUAUACAGGCAUAUAUGACCACGAGCGAGGUGCAUGCUGCACUUACUCUGUUAUUUGAUCGAGAGCAGGAAGUUCUCCAGCUGCUGUAUGCCUCUCAACCUGGUCGAAAGGCAGUUCGGGUAUCUCCUGACAUGUUUUUUGUUACGGCAGUGCUUGUUCCGCCGAAUCGAUAUCGACCUUUGGCGAGGCACGGACCCAAUCAGAUGCUCGAGAAUCAGCUAAAUUCCACCCUCAACAAAAUCAUCAAAGCGGCAGCCGAUGUCCAGCGCAUCUCACGGGAGUCGAAAAGAGCAAAGCUCGACCCUACUCUCAGACCCAGGAAUUUGAACGAGAGCUUGCAAGCCGCAAUCGUCCUUCAAGAGGCAGUAAAUGCUCUUAUUGACUCUCCUGUACCAGUAUCUGGCAGGCCAACUGACCAAGGCAUCAAGCAAAUUCUGGAGAAGAAGGAAGGUCUUUUCCGAAUGCACAUGAUGGGGAAGCGCGUCAACUUCGCCGCUCGCAGCGUCAUAUCGCCUGAUCCAAAUAUCGAAACCAACGAAAUAGGUGUUCCUCUUGUUUUCGCAAAGAAGUUGACCUAUCCUGAACCGGUGACAAGCCAUAAUUUUGAAGAAUUAAGCAAGGCAGUGAUCAACGGCACCGAGAAAUACCCAGGAGCAGCAGCCAUCGAGAAUGAAAAUGGAAUGGUUCUGAGUUUGAAGCGCAAGACGGUCGAACAAAGAAGAGCCUUGGCAAAACAAUUACUGACUUCGACGGCCCCCGGGGCAAAGGGCGAGAAUGGCAAGAAAGUCUACCGACAUCUCCAAACGGGCGACGUGGUCAUCAUGAACCGCCAACCUACACUGCACAAGCCUUCCAUGAUGGGCCACCGCGCACGGGUCUUGACAAACCAAAAGACGAUUCGAAUGCAUUAUGCCAACUGUAACACCUACAACGCUGACUUCGACGGUGACGAGAUGAACAUGCAUUUCCCUCAGAAUGAGCUCGCCCGAACCGAAGCCCUUCAGAUUGCAGACACGGAUCACCAGUAUCUUUCUGCGACUGCGGGUAAGCCUCUACGUGGUUUGAUCCAAGACCAUAUCUCCAUGGGCGUUCAGUUUACUAGUCGAGACGUAUUCUUCGAUCGAGACCAGUAUCAGCAGUUACUUUACAGCUGCCUCAGGCCGGAAGAUUAUAAUACCGUUUUCGACAAGAUCCAACUGGUGGAACCGGCAAUAUUAAAGCCAAAGAUGUUAUGGACUGGCAAGCAAGUCAUCUCGACAGUUUUGAAAAAUAUCACACCAGAGAGAUUCCGUGGCAUCAACCUUACCAGCAAAUCAUCUACUUCGUCAGACUCAUGGGGCGAAAAAACGUCUGAUGAAUCUGAGAAAUGGACUGUCAGCAGGGACAAAAUAGUGUUUAGAGACACGGAGCAAGUUGUCAUUUUCAAAGACGGUGAACACCUCUGUGGAAUUCUCGACAAGAGUCAACUUGGGCCCAGCGCUGGCGGCCUCAUCCACUCAGUGCACGAAAUCUAUGGACAUAUCACUGCGGGCAAAUUGAUGAGUAUUCUCGGCCGACUUCUCACAAGAUAUCUCAAUGAGCGAGCUUGGACCUGCGGAAUGGAUGAUCUCUAUCUCACACCUCAGGGCGAUAGUGCACGGCGACAAGAACUGAAUAGAGCCAAACAAAUGGGCCUGGAAGUUGCAACUGAGUACGUCACGUUGAAGUCUAGCGAGGCCAAUCAAGAGAAUCCCGAACUCCUCACUCGUCUUGAAAAUGUGCUCCGUAACGAUGAACAGCUCAAUGGCUUGGACCAGGUUUACAAGGCUAAAGUCAAAUCGAUCACGGACAACGUCUCCAAAGCCUGUCUGCCCGCCGGACUUAGAAAACCAUUUCCUCGGAAUCAGAUGCAAGCGAUGACAAUCUCUGGAGCCAAAGGGUCCGCUGUCAAUGCGAAUCUCAUCUCUUGCAACCUCGGUCAGCAGGUUUUGGAAGGACGGCGAGUUCCUGUCAUGGUCAGUGGCAAGUCGUUGCCAUCCUUUCGAGCUUUUGAGACAGAUCCGGCAGCUGGUGGAUAUGUAUCGGGGCGAUUCUUGACAGGGAUCAAACCGCAAGAAUACUAUUUCCAUGCCAUGUCCGGGAGAGAAGGAUUGAUUGAUACAGCCGUGAAAACGUCCAAAUCUGGUUAUCUACAGCGCUGUAUCGUUAAGGGCCUUGAGGGCCUUCGAACAGAGUACGACACGUCAGUACGAGAAAGUUCGAACGGAAGUAUUAUCCAGUUCCUGUAUGGAGAAGAUGGACUUGAGGUCACCAAGCAGAAGCAUCUGAAAGAAUUUACUUUUCUUGCUGAGAAUCACCAUUCAGUCGCAACACUUAUGAAUGCGGAAGAGGUAAUUCGCAAACUCCCCCAGUCAGACCUGGGUGAAGAACAGAAGAAAAUCCUGAAAUCACUGAAGAAACCCAAACAAAAAGAUCCGCUGACGGCUUCUUUCAGCCCUGCCAGCUACUUGGGAAGCACUUCAGAGUCAUUUGCGACAGCAUUGAGCGAAUACCUCAAGCUGGACCCCCAAAAACUCAUUAGGGACAAGAAGACAAACCCAAACAGCUCGCUUGGGAAGAAGACCUUCCGAGCCGUCAUGGAUUUGAAAUAUAUGAAGUCCGUUGUCGAUGCUGGAGAGGCAGUCGGAGUUGUCGCAGCUCAAUCUGUAGGGGAGCCUUCCACCCAGAUGACAUUGAAUACUUUCCACUUGGCUGGGCACUCUGCAAAGAAUGUCACCCUUGGUAUUCCUCGACUGCGAGAAAUCAUUAUGACUGCUAGCGCCAAUAUCAUGACACCAACCAUGACCCUUAAACCGAUCGAAGAGUUGAAGAAUGCUGAUGGAGAGCGUUUUGCCAAGAGCAUCAGCCGCUUGCCACUCUCUCAUGUCAUCAAUGACAUGUCUGUCACUGAGAGGACUGGCGGCGGUGCAGGACACGAAAACGAAAGAGUCUACGACAUUCGAAUAGACUUAUAUGAUCCAGAGGAAUACGAGGAGGAGUAUGCGAUCAAAAGAGUAGACGUCCAAAGAUGCUUUGAAAGAAUGUUUCUUCCGAGACUGGACAAGAUGAUUAAAGUCGAACUCAAGAAGAAGGCAAAAGAGGCUGAACGCUCUGAGGUUACUGCGGCUGUUCCCCAAAUUGGCGUUUCGGUCGGAGUCGAAGAAUCAGUCCGCACAAGAGCUCCAAGAGCGAGCGAAAACGAGGGCGGCGAAGACGACAUCGACGAAGACGCAGAUCCAGAUGACGCUAAAGAUAUGGCCGCCAGACGUAGAAGAGAGAAUACAUUCGACGAGCCUGACGAGGACGAAGAAGUCAUCGCAGGAGAAUCAGGCGACGAAGUUAUGAGUGAUGAUGAUGGCGAUGUGGACAAGGAAGAAAGAAGGCAUCGCGCCACUCAAAAGGCAAAGAAGUCUCGGGAUGCUCAAAACCUUCGGGAAAUGGAUCCAGAUGACGAAGGAGAUGAUGCUGCAGAUUCUGCCGAUGAAGCCCGAGUCAACCAGCUGAAGAGCGAACUGGAUCACCUCAAACGUUUCAUCUUCGCAAGAAACCAGGGUAAAUCCUGCCGGAUUGUGCUCAGCUACAGCUCCCGUACGCCCAAGCUGCUUCUCCUCCCUCUUCUCGAAAAAUGUGCCCACAUAUCGGUCAUCCAAUCGAUACCCGGCCUUGGUGUUUGCACGCAGUUCAUGGAAGAGGUCCACGGGCCCGACGGACGACCGGUCAGACGCGUUGAUCCAGAGACAAAUAAGGAGGAAAUAGUCAAGCAGCCCGUGAUCACGACCGAAGGGGUUAAUUUACUGGCCAUGCGCGACUAUCAGGACCAAAUCUAUCCGCAUUCAAUCUACACCAACUCAGUCCACGACAUGCUGAAAUAUUACGGUGUUGAAGCGGCAAGAGCGACGAUCGUCAAAGAAAUUGACACUGUCUUCAAAGGUCACGGAAUUGGUGUCGAUGUGCGGCAUUUGAGUCUUAUUGCCGAUGCUAUGACGCAUUCCGGCACUUAUCAACCAUUUAGCCGGCAUGGUCUUGUAAAAGAAGGAGGAAGUGUGUUGGCAAAGAUGAGUUUCGAGACAGUCAUGGGAUUUCUCAAGGACGCGGUAUUAUACGGUGAACGGGAUCCGUUGCUGGGUCCCAGUGCACGCAUUGUGGCAGGAAGGAGAGGCAAUAUCGGCACGGGAGCGUUUGAUGUAGUGAUGCCUGUACAUUGA